UUUUUUUUAAUUUUCUUCUAUUUUAGAAUACUUAAAUGUUUUAUUUUUCAACAAAUUAUGGUUUCAAUUAGAUCAAAUUUACAAAAGGCUUUAUUUCAGGAAGACGGAGAAAGAUUAUUGGCUGUUGCAAAUGUUAAAAAAACUUUGAAAAAGGGAAGGGAAUUGUAUUUGUGUUUAGUUGUUACAACAACACAACCCGUUUCUGCACGCAUUUGGCUGGUUAAAUCAGAAAAGGAAAAUUCUUUUUCAAAAAAGGAACAUUAUGCUCUUAGAGACAUUCGAUCUGUCGAUGGAAUAAAUCCUAGAAAGCCUCUUCCAGACUUUAAUUUGACUAUUAAAGGACAAUUAUAUCAACUAUAUUCAAAUACUGCAGAAGAAAAAGAGUUUUUUAUCAGACAAUUAUUUAAGUUUUCAAAUGCCAAUUUGCCCAUUCAAAAACCAGAAUUUGUUAACGUUUCUUUACCUGUUGAUACUUUACCUUCAAAAAAUGGAAGCGUUAAUGAAGAAAAUUUUGAUGGGGACUCAAAAACUGCUGCUGAAUUGGAUACAAAUUAUCAGCCAAUUUCAUUAAAAGAAGAAAACGAUUUUCGUCAUUUACUCGAAAAAGCCAACUUACAAAUAGGCCAAGCUAGACAAUUUUCGACUUCUUUAAAUGACCAACUUUCCCAACUUGACAGUGCAAAUUUAUCGAGCAUUAUGGAAAAUGAACAGAAUGUUGCUGAACUUAUUGGACUUAUUGAUACAGCUAUUGAAUUGGCAGAAUGUGUAGAAAAACAAUUGGAUGAAUAUGACACGUUGUUAUCGUUUGUUAGAGACAGUGUAGAAUUAAUUGAAGAAAAGGACAGUCUUCGACAUAUUGAACAACAAAAUAAUAAAAAAUUGGCUACUGAACUAGAAGAUUUCGUUUAUCAAUUAGAAAUGGUACAAGAUCAACAUAUUGAAGCUUUAAAAAAUGCAAAUCUUUCAGAUCCUAUAAGUAUAAAUUUGUGUUGCCGUGCUGCUAGAAUUAUUGAUCAUUUUAUAUCAAAAAAGUCUGAAUUAAAUUCAAUGCAAGCUUAUCAUUCUAGAAUUGAAAUGCUAAACAAAAUUACAUCAGAAUUUGUUGACAGAUUUUAUGCACAUAUCAGUACAAUUUUUGGAAAUAUGGAUUCAAUGUUAGAAAAUCAACAUAUUGGUGAAAUAAUAAUGCAAAAACAUUCACAAAGGCAUAGAGCACUUUUACCCUUCUCAGAUUUAAUUUCUUGGUUAAAACAAACACGCCCAAAUAUUUAUAAAAAUGUUUUGGAUCGUUAUAAUAUUGAAGCACAAAAAUUAUAUAAAAAAGAAUUUGAUAGAUUUUUUUCUGAAUUGGCAACAAGAGAAGCUUCUUCCUUAACAAAUAAUAAUUGGAAAAAUUCUUCUAAUAAUUUAAUUAAUGAACAGAAUAUUGAAGUUUAUACAAAUUUAAUAGAAACUGCUGUAGCUGAAUGCCGUGUUGUUGUAGAAAGUGAACAAAAAUUUUGUAUUCGUUUUUUUCAUUUAAAUACGGAUAUAAAAUUUGCAAUUGGAAGAAUAUUUGAACCUUUACCUACUUAUUUUUAUGGACUAGUUUCUAUUUAUAAUGAUCAUCAUAUAACUAUAAUCUCAAUUUAUGUUGUACUAACACGAAAAAUGAAUAACUUUUGUGAUCCUUCUUCCUAUUUUUCAAUAAUUUAUGGCUCUUUUCUAGUCGCCUUAAAAAGGCUUUCUGACGAACAAAUGAAUCAAAUAGAAAAUUCAUUUUCAAAAAUUUCAAUAACAAAACGACAAAGAAUUGGGAUUUUGGAUACAAUUGGACGUUUUGGCUCCUUGGCAAAAUCUUCAAUAAAAAUUUUUGCGGAAUCUGAAAGGAAAGUUGAUUUGGAUAAAUGGCUAGAAAAAUUAACUAUAGCAAUAAUUAUUGGGAUUGAUAAUGCCGCUGAAUCGCCAAAUUCAAAAUGCCCAGCUGCUGUUGUUAGAAUGGAAAAUUUUCAUGCUUUUUAUUCAAUACUUUCGGAAUUAAAAAUUCCUUGUUUGGAUGCUCGUCGAAAAGAAGUUAGACAAAAAUAUCAAGAAAAUGUUACAAUUUAUGUUAGAGAAAUGCUGGGAAGACCUUUAGAAAAAAUUCAUAAUUUCUUUGAAAGAAUUGAACGUUUAAUGGAAAAUGGAAUAUCUCCACAAGAAAUUAGUUAUGAACAACAAUUUUCUAGAAUAGAAUUAAAACGAGUAACAACAGCUUAUCCAGCAAAAGAAGUUAAAAAAGGAUUGGAAAAUUUAUAUAAAAAAAUUGAGAAACAUUUGAGUAGUAAUGAUUCCUCUUUAUUGCAAGUUGUUUGGAGACAAAUGCAAGAAGAAUUUCUUAAUCAAGUUAAACAUUAUCAACAAUUAAUCUCUAAAUGCUACUUAGGCUCAAAAAUUGAACUUGAAGUUGGAAUUGAGGAUAUAUUACAAUUUUUUAGUGAAAUUGCUCAGAAACAUUAAUUAAUUAUAUUACUGUUUAAUUGUUUUAAUAAUAAAGAUAAAAAAGAGUUUUAUUUAAGGGAAAAAUUGAAAAAGAAACGAGAAAUAAUGUGGGGAAUGUGAAAUUUUGAUAGUUUGAAAGUUUGCGAAAUUUUGGUGUAAUGUUUCUUGUGCCAAAUAA